AUGUCUGUGAGGGCUUUACCCAGGCAAGUCGAGGCUGGUGAUACCGAAUCCAAAGUGCAUUCAUGGGGAAAAGAAAACCUGCCCCUUGAAAUGGUAGAGAGGAUCGUUCGACUCGCGUGGUUCGAAUCCUCUUGGAGCCCCAAUGACCUCUACGACCUCCAUGUAUCUCUCUGUCUCAUCACUAUGGAAUAUGCUAGGCUAUGUCGCAUCGGCCAAUGUGGCUUCAAAAACCUGGUCAUAUUCACGCUUUGGGCCGCUGAACAUGCAUGCGUCGAGCUGGAAUACGAUGUUACGCGGGCUCUCCGACACCUCCUGGUCGAGAAUCGCUAUCAGAGUAACAUUUUCUACCGCCUGGUGAUGGUAAACUGCACAAGCGUGCUGUUGAGAAUGCCAGACGAAAGAGUGCUUCCCUUCUUUCAUCUGGCUAAUAUGCGGUCUGUGGAAAGUCUGCUUCUUUCUUGGUCUCCUUGCACUGGGUCAAACGUCCAGUUCAUGAACCGGGGGAUCACUAGGGAUGUGUCCUUGGAAAAGGUCACAUACCUGCGCCUCCGCAACUACCCUCGCUGCCUGUGCAAGGGCAAGCACAGCGAAAACUCCGUGCAGGUUUGCGUCGCCUUCUACUUGCCAACAUACUUCCCCAAACUACAGCAUCUCCAUUUCGAAGAGCCCUACUUCCUCAAGCGUCUCGUGCAUCCGCCGGGUCUGGAACGGGUCACUCUCGAAGCGCCUCCCGACCAUUCUAUAUCAUCCCUCGGUGCCUACACCAGCAUCGCUUCUUACAACAUCGCCUCUGCACUUCGCGCCGGGUUUCUCAGACGCAAGCGCGUAGGCGACCCUCGGAAACUUAUCGUGGUCAACACAGGCACAGCCAAGCCCGUUGGCUGGCAGGACGCUGUCGCAGCAUGCCACGAGUACGACGUGUCCAUCGAGUUCCGCUGCACGUACCCCGACUAG